AUGCGGGAGUUCUACGGCUGCUACCUGCUGUCCUCGUUGAACCCCCGCGCUCGCGGGAGGACGUACAUCGGCUUCACGGUCAACCCCCAGCGGCGACUGAGGCAGCACAACGGAGAAAUUGCUGCUGGUGCACAUACCACCAAAAGAUGCAGGCCUUGGGAGAUGGUACUUGUCAUCUAUGGUUUUCUGACACAGACACAAGCACUGCAGUUUGAGUGGGCAUGGCAGCACCCCACCAAAUCCAAAGCUGUCAGGGCAGCUGCCGAGAAGCUGGGAACAAAGGGAAUGAAGGGGCUGAAAGGAAAGGUCAAUGUACUGCACGAGAUGCUGCACACCUCCCCAUGGUGUUACUUCCCCUUAAGCCUGCAGCUUCUGUCGUCAAAGUGGAACCCUCUCAGACAAGGAUGUCGCCCACCACCAGGACACAUGCCUGUGAAUGUUGCCCCUUUGCCCUAUCUGCCCGAAUCUGUGGCGGAUGACGACCUUGAAAGCGACACAAAGGAAAGUGAAGCACUGGGCGACGGCGACAACAGUGAGCAAGAUAUGCGCAAUUGUUCCAUGACGAACCCAAGUGACUCUGACAGCAGCAACUCUGGCUUGGACAAUGCAGCAGAAAUCUGCAAGGAUGAAGUCAGAGGCAAAAGGCAAGCCACGAGGGUGUGCGCCGCUUGUGGAAAGAAGCUCGACAGGACCUGGAUGGUUUGUGGCUGUGAACAGGCUUCACACAUCGACUGCCUGGCAGAGCGUUUCAUGCAAGAGAGCACUUCAGAGUCAGCCCUUCCAGUCAAGGGUAGUUGCCCUGCUUGUCAGCGCCCGCACACAUGGGUAGAGGUGCUGCGGCGUUCUGAGUCCACGGGAUGGCAAAAGAAGCGGCCCCAGCGACGUCAAAGGAGAGGGCGAGGGGCUGCACGGCAAGCAAAGGAAAACAGCAGGGUUCAAGUCGAAAACUGCCUGGAGGUGGGGAAGGAUGCUCAGCGUCCUCGUGGACUCGCGCAAAGAGGAAAACAAAGAAGAGGGCGAGGAUGUGCUGAUCAGUGUGCAGCAAUGCAGCAUAGGGGACAAGCUGAACAAUACAUUGAGAAUUGGCAGGAUGAUGGCACCGGUAAGGGAGAUCACAUGAGGAACUGUUCACCUCACAGGGCUUGUGGUUCUACUGAUCCUCCUGUGAAGGGGAUGUCCUCACCAAUGGCAUCUGAUAAUUUGGAAGGGCGCCGCAGUGAGUGCAAAUCUCCAGGGUUAGCUGUGAAGCAGCAGAGUUUGGGCUGGGACAGCCUGCCAUUUUCUGAACGAAUCAGACGCAGGCUGCUGAUGGACACUGACAGAAAUGGAUCACAACAGUUCCAGGCGAACAACACUUCUGGGCAGCCCACUCACAGUACCACAGGAGACUGGCGUAUUGAAUUCGAUCAGGACAAGAGGCAUUCAGGAAUGAGCAACGUGCUGCAGGACGUUUGUGAGAUGCAUGGUGUGGAUGGUGAUGAGGCUUCAAUUCACAUGAAUUCCACUGAUUUUAAUGAUCUGAGGGGGGCCAGUUGCAGUACGAAAAUGCAGGAUUCUGGCAGUGAUGCUCAUGUGGCCCCAGCUGAUGAGCGCAGCCCUCUUCUGUGCACAACGCCUUGUUGGAAUCCUCAUCGUUCUGGGCGAGCUGAUGAGCCAGGGACAAGUGGCUUCAUUGACUUACUGACUCCUGAGCCAUUGAUCGACAAAUUGGAGUCCCUGUCCAUAAGCAAGCCUGGCCUACCAUGGCAUCCUGCAGCAGAUGAAGAAACAACAGUUCGCCACAAGGAAGCCACCCUAUGCAUUCGCACCCCUUGUGACGGAAGUGCAGAGGCUGGUCUGAUGAGCUCAUGGCGAGCAGACGGCUGCCUUCGAGAUCAAGAUGGUGCUUCCACUGCACAAGUCAAGCAUGGCAGGGAUCUCCUUGCUGGCAUCUACCCAAAGAAACGGGACAGGGAACUCCGCAAUUGCAAUGCCUUGGCCACAGAAUCCUUGGGUGACAGCAGCGCAAGCAAAGGUGGUAAGCAAGGCCCACAGGGAUGCAACAAAGCAAUAGAAGGUCGGCUGGGAUCUACCACAUGGUCUGCCGAUCUUCAGUCACCCUUACCAUUGAGGAGGAGGCUGUGCGAUGAGCUGGUGAUCGAGGGAGGGCAGAUUGAUUUUGAAGACGUCAUUGUUGUGGAGUGA